CAUUGUGUAGAAUGGAGGUGUGUCCUAUGUGGUUGGUGAUUCUCUUCUUCAUAGCAUCGGUUCAGAUUGUCAACACAUCAGUAAACACCAGUCUUGGACCAAAAGUCACGACAAGUCAGAGUUCAAAUUAUGAUAACACGUACAUUAGUGACAAGGUAGUAGAUAACUGUAUUAAUCAGACGUUACGAAGUGGUUGUUGCUCACAUACAAAAGGGAAUCCUACACCAAAUGAAGUUUGGUGGCUGAUUGACCUUGGUGAUCAAGUCGUCAUCGAAUACGUCAAGAUAUACUACAGAGAUGAGGGAUCAUUAGAGCAAAAAGGUCGAUUCGCUGGUCAUCAAAUAUACCUGUCAGAUACUACAACAGGUUGGAGAAAGAGUGGGAGCUGUUUUACAGACACAACUUCUACACAAAAUAUGGUGAAACUAACUCAACAAAUCACAUCGUGUACAGGCAACACCCGAUACCUGACAAUUUACGUCGACCGUCGAACAAAAAGUUACGAUUGGUACUCUACACAAGCUAUACUGGAACUCUGUGAAGUACAAGUUUAUGGUUGUCCACUAGGAAAAUAUGGUAACAGUAACUGUGGUAGCAACUGUGAUACAACUUGUGUUAAUAGCCUGUGUCAUCCUAACAGCGGCCGGUGUACAUACUGUGCGCCGGGAUUUUAUAAGUCUGGGCUUGUUUGUACAGCAUGUCCGACAAACUGUUUGAAUGGCGUGUGCAAUGUGGAGUCCGGUGUUUGCUCAGAUUGUGAUAACAGUUUCUUCGGACCUUUUUGUGCUGCCUGUUCCCCGAACUGUGCCGAUCCUGUUUGCGACAAAACAUCCGGAAAUUGUGAUCAAUGUGUUGUUGGAUUCCAUGGCAAUAUGUGUAAUCAGACCUGUCCAGCCAACUGUAAAAACAAUACAUGUUCCCAGGACAACGGUUUCUGUACUACAGGAUGUGAUUCAGGAUACCAUGGCAACAUGUGUCAACAUACGUGUCCAACAAAUUGCAAAGACAGAAUGUGCAUGCAGGAUACUGGUAUCUGUGAAGCUUGUGUCAAUGGGUACCAUGGCAUCCAGUGUGACCAAUCGUGUUCUAAUAACUGUCAAGACAAAAUUUGUGACCAAUAUAGUAGUGCGUGUACAGGCUGUGAAGACCGUUUCUUCGGUCCUCUUUGUGUCGCCUGCUCCCCGAACUGUGUCGAUCCGGUCUGCGACAAAUUGUCCGGAAAAUGUAGUCUUGUCAGUUUACCAUGUAAAGAAGAUGACUUCAAUGCGGCAGCAGUUGGUAUAGGUAGCGGCUGUGGAGUGGUUAUCGUUGUCAUGGCCCUCGUGAUAAUUGUACAGGCAAGAAGACAUCGUUCAAUGAUCCAUCAGAACACCACGAGGUCUACCACUAUGACAGAUAUAUCUUUACCUCGUAUUGGACAGGAACGACGGACAGAAACAGACGGUACCUAUGCCGUUAUAGGCGCCCAGGAAACAGAAGAAAGCAUCACGAAGAUGUCUGCACGUGACAGCAGUUAUGAGCAACUUGGAUAUAGGGAGAGAGAUGUUCCACAUUUAUACGAGACAACAUAACGUGGAAAAUCUGAACAGACAAUGUAUUCAUAUCGUAAUAGGACACAAGUGAUACUGUAUUGGAUAAUCUGAGCAGACAAUGUAUUGAUAUCGUAAUAGGACACAAGUGAUACUGUAUUGGAUCAUCUGAACAUACCAUGUAUUGAUAUCGCUAUCGGACACAAGUGAUUCUGUAUUGGAUAAUCUGAGCAGACAAUGUAUUGAUAUCGUUACGGACACAAGUGAUACUGUAUUGGAUAAUCUGAACAGACAAUGUAUUGAUAUCGUUAUCGGACACAAGUGAUACUGUAUUGGAUAAUCUGAACAGACAAUGCAUUGAUAUCGUUAUCGGACACAAGUGAUACUGCAUUGGAUAAUCUGAACAGACAAUGUAUUGAUAUCGUUAUCGGACACAAGUGAUACUGUUUCAUAUGGGGUUGCAAUUAACCCUCAUCGUACUACCUGUCAAUAUUGCAGCGUGAUUUUUUCUCUGCAGAUUAAAACAUAAGAUAUAUAAAUAAAAUGUUUCUUUUGUGCGUGUGUUAUGAUUGAAUGUAUAACGUGUAUGAGUAUGGAUAUGAUGGUUACAUUAUUAAAAAAGCCGGAUCCCGAGCCCGAUUUUUAUAUUCCACAUUAAUAAGAGAAUACUUUGAAUAUAUCUUUUGUACAAAUGAAAGCGUAAUUCAGUUUUUUUCUCUUUUACUUUUGUGACUUUGUGUCAGCAUGAACAUUAUUGAAAUAAGACUGCUUUUCUGUAUUAGCAAACGUUUAUGACGUUACAUCUCAUUUUGUUUCACCGACAAGCUGAUGUUAUAUCUUAGUUUCUUGACUUUCAGCAAGUUGGCACGCUGUGCCUAUUUCAUGUUGAUGUACACGCACAUACAAAUACUCUAUAUAUAUAUAGCAGCUACUACGUGCAAGACGAUUCACAAAUUGGUCACUUAUUUAAAUCUGUAAUACUGGAGUGUUUUUUGGAGAAGUACAGAUGGUUUGUUGAAAACAUAUUACAUGCACUCGCACACAUUAUUGAUCAAUAUGACAUAUGUUCUGGUUCCCCUUUAUCUCCAUUGUCAAUCCCUGGACCCAGGUUCGUUGAUAUAAAUCACAUCGACCCACUUUUGUAUUCCACGUGACCAUAUGUGUUUCUAAAUUUCCAUCAUGAUAUUUCGUUCCGAAAACCGAUCCAUUAUUUGGCAAUCUAAUUUCUCAUGUUAUGUAAUAUAAAAAUUAAAACGAGUGUCUCCAUCAAUACGUGGUAUAUUGACUUGCUGGAGUAAUAUCGACUUUGAACUGCGUCCGCGGUCGAUAUUACUCUAUCAGUUUUAUAUAAGAACGUAUAAAUAUUACCAAAAGUUGAUAUUUGAUCAAUAUAACUAUUAUACUAUAUUAACCAAUGUAUAAUAAUGUUACAUCGCUGACGUGGUAAAAUAUACAAUGCUAUAACACAUAUUAGAUUUCCUGGUCUCUUCGGUUUAUUGAAGAAAGGAUUAUUUCCCUUCUGGUGCCAAUUUUUGUUUCUGAUGCACAUUUCGGGCUGUAUUGAUUAAAAGUGAUAUUUUAAAGAUCGUCAAAAGCACUUGUUUGUUAUUAAUGUAGAUAAGAUAGUUUUUGCGUCAAGUAUACCUUACAGGUGUCUGAGUGUGCAUCUGUAAGAGAUUGGAAGGAAUAUUUUUUUAUGUUAAAUUGCACAGAAAAUAGCAUGUACAAAAGCAUUGUACCUGUAAUGUACCGUAAUGUAAUUCUUUUAAUAAAAUGUAGCAUAUAAC